AUGGAAAACGGCGACGACGACGGGUUCGGGUAUCGAGGCCGGGGGGGGGACGGAGGGGCCCCGCGUGAUGGGAGACGGAGAGGUAGGAGGAGGAGUCCGCCGGGACUCGUGGGCAGGGAACACCCGCAAGAAUUCGCUGCUGAAGGCAGCUGCGGGGUAGAAGCUGGAGGAACCGACGUGGAAGAUGGCGGCGACGGGUACGGCUACGGCAACGGUUACGGGCUGUCGGUGUCACGCCUGGCGUCUCGACACUCCUCCUCCUCCUCCUCGACGAUUAAGAAGAAGAAGACCGUUCUGCGUGCCGGUCCCGGCGUAACCCCCGUCUCCUCCUCCUCCGACGAGCUCCGCCACUCUGCUCCCGCCGGUAGGGCCACCGCUAGUGUCCACGGCAUCCACGCCGGGGGUGUUACAGCAGGGGGUGGUGGUGGCCGUGUUGGGUAUCGAAGUGGUGGAAGCCGUGAGGGCGACCGUCACCGCGCUUGGCCGCCGUCCGCCGCCGCUGCUGUUGGGUCCCCGGGCGUCGUCGCCCGCGACCGCUCUGCUGGUAGCGGCGGCGGCCUUGACCGUAAAGGCGGCGGUGAGAUCAGGAGCGCCGACCGCAGGGUUUCGUCUCCGAGGAGGCUUGCCGCAAGGCUCGGGGGUAGCGGUGGCGGCGGAACCAGGAUCGCCGACCGUAGGGGUUUGUCGCCGCGAACGCUUGCCGCAAGGCUCGGGGCUGAUGGUGGCGGCGGUGGCGGCGGUGUAACCAGGAGUGCCGAUCGGAGGGUUUCGUCGCCAAGGAGGCUGGCGGCAAGGCUCGGGGAGCUGGAGGCGAAGGUUGCGUCGUCCGGUGUACGGGGCAGCAGCAGAGAAGAAGGGGGUGGAGGAGGGUUUUCUAGCUGCGGAGGCUUUUUGGACGCGGUGGGAAGGGGGGCUGAGAAUGGGACGGGGCGGAUGUCAGCCGCGGAGAACGAAGUUCAGAACACGGCUCUGCGGCACGCCUUGCUGCUGGAGGAGAGGGGUUUGCAGCUCGAGCGGGCGGAGGCUUUGCUGCGGCGAAAAGAGGAAGAAGAGGGCCUACUGAAGCGGGAGCUGAACCGCCUGGGGGAGGCUUCGGUUGCUGACAGGGAUGCUUGGAGGCGUCUGGCAAAAGCAGAGGGAGAGAUCUCUUCGUUGCUCGAGCGUUCGGAAGCGCUGGAGGAUCUCGCCAAGGACUGCCAGGCGGCUCUAGAAAAGGAGCAGCGGGCGAGAAGGGAGGACCAGGACAGGCACGCCUCCGAGCUGAGCCGGGCGACCGGGGACGCGGCGACGGCGGCUGAAGCGGCUUCGAGGGAGGAAGCCGCCGCCGAGGCCUCUCGAAACCUGUGCGAGCAGAUGAGCGCGGUCUGUGGCCAGAUGAGGAAGGCCGCCGAGGAGGCCGGGGCUCGCUCCGCCUCGGCCGAAGAAACCGUGCGCUCUCUCCGGGACGAUGUGUCGCUGAUGGAGGUAGCCGCGAAAGAGGCCGAGCGAGAGAUGGCCCUGCUGAGGGGCAAGCUUGAGGCCGCCGAGCGCCGGUCUGAGCGCGAGGCGUGCCUGCUCGGGGAAAGGGCGGAGGCUGCCGGCCAAGAAGCCAAGCAGAUGGCGCAGGCUCUCAAAGACGAGAAGGACACGACCAAUUCCCUGAGGGGUUUCCUCGCGGACAGGGAGGCGAGCCUGGAUCGAGCGGAGAGGGAGCUGGCAGCGGCGAGGGAAACCUCUGAACGAGGCGAAGAAGUGUCGGAAGGCCUGAGGUCCGCGCUGCAGCGGAGCCAGGGGGAGGCGGAGCGGCUGAGGGCGAGGCUGGAGACAGCCGUAGAACUCGCGGCCGACGAGGCGGGCAAGGCCAAGGAGUCCUCCAGGGCGGAGGAAUUGUCGAGGCAGAGCCACCAAGAGUUUCACGAAGAGCAGCGAAUAGGGAAAAGCAAGAUGUCUUUAGUGCUUCACACGCCGUGA